GAAGUGUGUGCCAAAACGUGCAAGAAGGAAGGCAGUGUUCUGCUGCUGAGUAUAAUAAUAACAAUAAUAAUAUAUUUUUAUGUUUUCUUAAAAUUAAAAUUACAGAUGCAAAACUGAUCGAACAGUCAGAAUGCCAGGCUUUAAGUUGGAGCAGGUGGAUGGAGAAGGAGAAGGAGAGCACAUUGACCUGCCUGAUGGAGACUCUGUGAUUGGGAGAGGACCAUUUCUACACGUAAGCGAUAAGCGAGUGUCCAGGAACCACGGGAUUCUGCAGAACGUGGACGGACAGCUGCGGCUCAAACCCACGCACGUGAACCCCUGUUUCGUUCAGACGUCCCCGGAUGCAGUCUCGGAGCCGCUAGAGAAGGACAAAUGGCACCGCCUGAGGGACGGCGAGAUCUUCUCCCUGCUCCCGGGGAAAUACAUCUACAGAGUGCAUGCUGUAGGAGAGGAAGGAACACCCAGGAACAGCCAAGGUUUCGAGGAAGCGAAGGAGGAGGAGGAGACGACGGAGCUGAACUCGAAACCGCCCCGAUCGUGUGAGGAGACGUUGGCGUACACCCCUCAGGCCGAGAGCAGCCCGUCUUUCACCUACGAGUCAAAGACGGGAGCCGAGACGCACACAGCGGGCCCUGCUGUCUGUAGUCAGGCUGGUGCCGACUCUCUCCCUUCUUGUAAAUCUAAUGCUCCUGAUCUUCUGACGCCUCGUAAAAAAAGAGUCCUUCCCGCCUGGAUGAUGGACGCCGCUCCUGCAGCCUCGAACACUCCGCCAGCGAAAGCAAAACGCGCUCCAGUCCGAAGCACGUCUUCAUCCAAACGCUCAGCAGGACCCAAACGACCUCAGCCUAGGGUGCCUUCAUUAUCAGGAGAUGAUGAAGAGAGGGAAUGGGUUGAGGAGGAGGAGGAUGAUGAAGGAUGCAGCAAGACUCAGAGAAAACGAGCGAGAAGGCAGAACAGGAAACAGGUUGAGGAGGAGGAGGAGGAUGAAGGAUGCAGCAAGACUCCGAGAAAGCGAGCGAGAAGGCUGAAAAGUGACACGGAGGAAAGCCAGGAACAGGAUCCGGUGCCAAAGUCCAACGUAGAUAUGCAACCAGAUGAAAAAUCCACCAAAACAGGACACAACGUAGCACAAAAUGUGGAAGAAGAGGAGCAGGAAGAAAAAAGAGUGGGAGCCGGGGGCAGUCAGAGAUCCCGGACGUUAAGUCUGGAAAGCUCAGGAAAUUCGCAGACAAACGUGCGGCAAAAGGCAAAAACUCGGCACAGGACGCCGUGUCCCUUUGGUACCUCCUGUUACAGGAAAAACCCAGUCCACUUUCAGGAGUGCAGCCACCCCGGAGACAGUGACUACGAGGAAGAGCAAAACAACAAGGAUGAUGAUGACGACGAUGAUGAUCGGCCGGAGUGUCCGUACGGCACUGACUGCUACAGAAAAAAUCCACUACACAAGAAAGAAUACAAGCACACUAAACCUUCAGCACCAGUUAAUGAUGACGAUGACGAGGAUGAAGACCAAUAUGAGAACAGCUUCAUUAAUGACGACAGCGAAGAAGAGGAUGUGGACGAGGAUUCCGACUAUGUUCCCGAGUCAGAGGACAGCGGGAAGGAGGACAUUAAACGGCUUCAGAAGGAAGCCAAAGCAUUCAUCAAGAAGAAAAAGAAGUAAAUGGAGAAACAAAGAAAUAAUAAAAAAAAAGGUUCCAUCUACUGCUCAGCACAGGUGAACUCUAAACUGGGCUAAUCUAACGUGUCUGAGUUAGGGUGGAGGUGCGGCAUCGAACUGUACAUCUGCAGGAAACGGAAGGAUGUCUUCUUCAGCAUCACAAGAGUUGAAUGUAUUCUAUUCUCCAAAGCGUUUCCAGAUUUCCAGAAAUUCUGAGCACUACACAGCCAGAGAGGUCUGUUUGGGUUUCAGGUCAGUCUGGACUCAAACGCAGGGAUAAAUUUAAUCUGGUACUCCGCGUGAAUGUUAAUUUUUUUUUUCGUUUCUUUGUAGGUUUACACUAGUCUAUAUUAGAGACAUUUUUCAAACUCUAUUUGUGGCCUUAAAGUUUAACUUUUCAUAGCAAGCACUUAGUUGUUCAAUGCAGCAGAUUUUUCCCCAUUAUAUUUCAAACAAUACUUGUUGUGAAAUCUUUUUAUAAACAAAUUGUUCUUAUCAUGUGAUCUUUUAA